CCGUGUAUUUGCCGGGAUGCAAAAGGUCGCUAAAAACAAUUCGUCAGGUUAGUUUUUACGUCGUUAUGCUUCGUCGCGUAAAGUUUGUUGUCAAAUUGUAAAAAUACGUGUAAAUUCAAUCGAAAACUGUGUCCAGGAGUGGUCUAAGCUGUCCUAAUAAAAUAACUGGCUCCAAAUUAACGUUGAGGCGAACGAAAUAAUCAAAUCAGAUCAACCAAGAUGUAAACAUAAACAAAUCUCAGCAACCGAAAUCGCAGUUCAAGUUGCCAAGUGUGGACGAGGCAUUAUAGACUUCGUUGGACUCCCUGUAACAAAUACCGACUUUAAUUAUAUUAAAUAUACAUGUAGAUCCAAAAUAUGAGCGCUAAUAAUCAUAGCUGCUUUGCCUACUAGCGACACGUCGCAUACGUCGCGACGUUGAAAAUAAUAAUAUGACGCAACGCGAGUUUUCUUGGAGACUUCAAGGUGCUUCAAGCAUGAGAUUGAUGGCCUAGGGAAAAUAUACAGUAAAGAACGUAAAAAAUGUUCGAGUAAUACAUUGAAAUGCCUACUUGACCUAAAAAAAAGAAUAACAAACCUGCGAAUGACAGAAAUCUCGCUAGUAAAAAAGCGUCGCUAGUCCUACUGUCGGUAUUCGGUUUGAUGCUAUACACAUAGUACAUACAACUUAUUGCUGUGGUGUACGCUAAGUUUUAUUCCCUUUUAAAUUUAUAUGCCUUGGAUGUGACAAAGUUAGCAAUGCUAUUAAAUAUGCAAAUCAACACAAAAACACUCAAAUAUCACUUCAAAAAGCUGGUUCUAUUCGAGCAUCCGAUAAGUCUUGGUUUCGCUGUAAUAAACCGAAGCAUUGGAGUAAGCAGUGAGUGUUGGCUGCUGACAAAGCCUUCAGUAGUAACAAGUCAGGAUCAGUAGGCAUCAACGGACUAGCUACAUUCUCAAUAGCUCUUGCUAACGCUGCGUUGCUGAGCUCCGUUUGCUGCAUCUGUUGACGGGCUGCUCCAAAAGCAUCGUGAGCUGCCAGCUGAUCGCGUGGUGCCAAAGAAGCUCCCGUUAUCGAGUGACUUUCCACAAUGGCUCUUAAUCCGUCGACCCAUUCCUGGCGGGCACGUGCAUCCCCUGCCCGCAGUUUGAGCAUAUCUCCCGAAGCGCAGUUAACCGUGAAUGUUUUGGAGUCCUCGUCACUGGGACAGAUAACAGCACCAGCCAGAUGGACUUGGCCUCUGGGAGCGUUACCCACGAUUUGCGGAUUGGAAUCAUCAUUCGACGGUUCGCACAGCUAUGGUACCUACUCCAGUUCCUUACUACCCAUUUUUCAUGACAUUCGCAAAAAUCAGGCAUAUUUUCAAAAAUCAGGGAAAAUCAAUGGCUUAUCAGGUUGUCAGGCAGAGCCUUGAAAAAUCAGGCAACGCCUGAAAAAUCAGGCACAUUGGCAUCUCUGGUUGUUGCCGGAAAAUAGCUGCAUAAUCUUAAUUGGUAAUCCGUGUAAAGCAAGCUGUAUAGAGUAUGGAGAGCAAACAGAAAAUGAAAAAGAUUUCGGUAGUUUAUCAACAUAACCGCGGACUCAUAUUUAACGUUGAAGAAUAUCUGGAACUACGCUUCAAACAUCGUCUACCGGGACAGCUCAUUGGUGUUCCAACAUCAAAACCGAGGAAUUCUCACACGUUCGCCUUGCCUGCCGCUCUGUCCAGGUUCGAGCUAAGACUGGCCCUGGAUGAGGGUUUGGUUGAACUACAGAACAAAGAUGCUGCGUUGAAGCAGUGUCCAGGAACAGAAGAGCAGAAAGAAUAUUGUUUCCGCCGGCAUCAACAAAUUGGCGAACUGCGGCAACCGCAUGUCGUGAAAAGAAUGGAUGAGUUCUUACGUCUUUUACCAAAAAUAAUCAAAGGAAAACAUAAAAAACUUAUUAAAAAUGGUAUCCCUGAGCAAGAAAUUCAACUCGAUCCAGAAAAGCUCAUAGAAGAAGAGAAGCAGAGGCUGGAAAGCUUGGAUUUUGAAAAACUCAUUCAAAUUCCAAUGGAACAUCCUGUAAGUCACGAUUAUACGAGCCAGAACUUUCAGCUAAAUUUAGCUGAUGAGUUGAAGUAUAAAUUAUUUAAAGAUAUAUGGUUGAAACGGCUUGGCUUCGUUACGGGAGGUGAUUCUUUCGGCUGUGAUUUUCUGCUCUAUCCUGGGGACCCAAUGUACUAUCAUUCAUCCCACGUUAUCCACGUAAUUGAUGAACAACCGACUUCACAUCUUGAGCAACAGAUGAAUGUACACUUUUUGAUAAGAUGCUGUCGGUUAGCAGUUGUAGUGAACAAAAUUUGUGUUCUGGCUUACGAAAAAGCAGAUGGAACUAUUGCGUACCAAACAAUGGAAUGGGAGGGCAACAUCGAAUACGAUGAAUAAAUCCUUUUCUAUUGUUAAAACAAAAUCAGUUUCCGUAUUUGAAAUUUUACCAACAGAACUUAAAAUAAGUGGUUACGAUAAAGCGUGUUUGUUUACGGAGCGUUUAAAUAGAAUUCUUUAGCACUACCUAUCAGACAGAAAACAUAUUUCUCUUCAUUUAAGUCAGCUUUCUCUCUAGAAUAAUUUCUUAGUGCGUGGCAGAAUAGUUCAGGGUAAAAUUAAUUAAUUUUCUUGUUACUAUCGAAUUGUAUUUCCUUGGCCCUAACUUUGAUUUUAUAUCGAUGGGUUGACGUUAAAUCAAUAAAGAACAAUCACAAUGAGCCACACAACAGAAUCUUUUCUAAAUAAGCUCUGAUGUGCCGAUAACAAUUAGUUUCAAAAAUCGCCAUUAUUAUCGUCAUAGUCAAGCAUUGGUCUCGAAGUCUAUCUUAAUUCUAAGAAAAAAAUAACCUCAAUAAGUUUAAAGCUAAACGUUCAAUAUAUUGAAGAAAUAUCUAUAAGUGCAAUCAUACUCUUCGAA